UACCAUAUAUAUACCAAAGAGGCGGGAAAGAUUAAACCCUAGUACCCAACCUUUUAGAAAUUAAAGCUUCUUCUUUUCAUCUUGCUGGGACAUUGUUUUUCUGACUUCUAUCCCAAAAAUGGGAAUUAAGGGUUUAACGAAGCUAUUGGCGGACAAUGCGCCAAGGGGAAUGAAAGAGCAGAAAUUCGAGAGCUAUUUUGGCCGUAAAAUAGCCAUCGACGCUAGUAUGAGCAUUUACCAGUUCCUGAUUGUGGUAGGACGAAGUGGUACGGAAAUGCUCACGAAUGAAGCUGGGGAAACUACUAGUCAUUUGGUUGGGAUGUUUUCGCGGACAAUUAGGCUUUUGGAAGCUGGAAUCAAGCCAGUUUAUGUUUUUGAUGGGAAGCCCCCAGAUCUGAAGAAACAAGAACUUGCAAAACGUUACUCUAGAAGGGAAGAUGCCACAGAUGAUUUGGCUAAGGCUACAGAGAUUGGCAACAAGGAGGAUAUUGAGAAAUUCAGCAAGAGAACCGUAAAGGUUACGCCCCAACACAAUGAUGACUGCAAGAAGCUUCUUAGACUGAUGGGUGUACCCGUUGUUGAGGCUCCUUCUGAAGCAGAGGCUCAGUGUGCUGCACUUUGCAAGGCCGAAAAGGUCUAUGCUGUAGCCUCAGAAGAUAUGGAUUCCUUAACUUUUGGAGCUCCAAGGUUUCUUCGCCAUUUAAUGGAUCCUAGCUCCAAAAAGAUUCCAGUGAUGGAAUUUGAUAUCUCCCAGAUAUUAGAGGAGCUCGAACUUAGUAUGGAUCAGUUCAUUGACUUGUGCAUUCUCUGUGGAUGUGAUUACUGUGAUAGCAUCCGAGGCAUAGGGCCCCAGACUGCUUUGAAGCUUGUACGUCAACAUGGGUCAAUGGAGAGCAUAUUGGAGAAUAUUAACAAAGAGAGAUAUCAAAUACCUGAUGAUUGGCCAUAUGAAGAGGCUAGACGGCUCUUCAAGGAACCGUUAGUUACAGAUGAUGAGCAAACUGAACUAAAAUGGGCUGCUCCUGAUGAAGAAGGGUUGGUUAACUUUCUGGUAAAGGAAAAUGGAUUCAACAUUGAUAGAGUUACGAAGGCAGUAGAAAAGAUCAAGACAGCCAAGACCAAGUCUUCUCAGGGACGGCUAGAAUCAUUCUUUAAACCAGUUAGCACAUCUGCUCCAGUUAAAAGAAAGGAAACAGCUGAGACUACUGAGAAAGGAGCUGCUAACAAGAAAUCAAAGGCUGUUGGUGGUAAGAAGAAGAAGUAGCUAGCAUCAAGUUAAAGCUUGCAGUAAAGUGAUGGUUUUGUACCUUGUCAGGACAGUCAGCGGUUCAGUCGCGAUGCUGCUUGCGGAGACCCUUGGUAGCUGGUGCCUCAAUUUUUUUGUUCUUCUGGAGGAAAAUACUCCAAUUAGUCACGAGGCCUCCUUUCAAAUGUCUCGUUCCUUUCAUGUGUUCUGUAUUUACCCCCCCUCAAAUGAAUGAAUUUGUGCCGGUAGGAAAUAGUUGGUGCACAGGCUGGGCAUCUGAAACAGUUUUUUAAUAUAGCACUUGGCACACUUUGAUGUUAUUGUAUAAAUCUGGAUUAUCCUACGGUUCUCGUCCUAUGCUGUCGGUUGCAUGUACAACUUAAUGCAUAAAACAAUCCUAAUCUAACCCUUGGCACAGUUCUUUCUUCUCUCGA